UGCCAAUCUGAGAGUCCAGCCCACCCAACAGCCACCACCACCAUGAUAGAAUCAAUCGAGAAAUCGCCCAAACCACUAGCCAUUGUCGGGCUAUCAUUCCGGUUUCCUCAAGAUGCAGUCACCACGGAAGCCUUUUGGGAGAUGAUAAUGGCGCGCCGCUGCGCCAUGACAGAGUUCCUCCAGGACCGAUUAAACAUCGACGCCCACUACCGUCCAGAGAUGGACCGGUUGGACAGCCUCUCAAUACGUGGCGGGCACUUCUUAACAGACGACCUGAGUCGCUUCGAUGCUCCUUUCUUCUCUAUCACCGCUGCUGAGGCCGAGGCCAUGGAGCCUCCCCAGCGGCUGCUGCUCGAGGCGGCUUUUCAUGCGCUGGAAAAUGCCGGAAUCCCGAUGCAGCGCAUCGCGAAAUCUAAAACCGCGGUAUUCACAGGAUCUUCGGGGCAUGACUGGGUGAUGAUGAAAGCGAAAGAUCCUUUGAACAUGCACAAAUACGAUAUCACCGGGUCAACGUCGAACAUGCUGGCAAACCGUGUCAGUUGGUUCUUUAACCUGACGGGUCCUAGCGCGACUGUCGACACGGCUUGCUCGAGCAGUUUGACGGCUGUUGAUCUCACUUGUCAGUCUAUUUGGAGCGGCCAGUCUUCCAUGGGACUUGCGAUGGGUGUCAACCUUCUUUUAGCCGCGGAAACAACAUUGAUGAUGGAUAAUCUAGGUCUUCUAUCCAAAGAAAACCGUUGUUUUAGUUUUGACGGAUGUGGAAACGGUUAUUCUCGCGGUGAAGGUGUAGGUGUUCUAGUGAUCAAGACACUGGAAGAUGCAGUGCGGGAUGGAGACACUAUCCGCGCCGUCAUCAGGGCAUCUGCAUCCAAUCAGGAUGGAAAGACCCCGGGAAUCACACAACCUAGCUCUGAGAUGCAGGCAUCGCUGAUCCGGGAAACUUAUCGCCAAGCGGGUCUCGACGUGGCAAUGACGCGGUAUUUUGAAGCGCACGGAACCGGAACCGCUAUCGGAGACCCUAUUGAGACCAAGGCCAUUGGUUCCGUUUUCCGCUCAUGUCGUUCGCCGGCCGAGCCGUUAUAUAUAGGAUCCAUCAAGUCAAACGUCGGGCAUCUGGAAGGGGGCAGUGGCAUGGCUGGAAUGAUGAAAGUCAUACUCGCUUUGGAAAAGGGUGUCAUUCCGCCGAACAGUGAAAAUUUACAGAAUCUGAAUCCUAGGGUUGACGAUGAAUUCUGGAACCUUAAGUUCCCCCAAGAGGCUCUUUCAUGGCCCACAGAUGGACUAAGAAGAGCCUCCAUUAGCUCUUUUGGAUAUGGAGGCUCCAACACGCACCUUGUUCUGGAUGAUGCGUAUCAUUCCCUUCGUCUCAAUCAAUUGGAAGGGAAUCACAACACAAUCCUGUCGCUUUCUUCAAGCUCCUGCAAUGGAGAUUCUGCUUCAAAUUCCACACAUCACCCAGUCACAAAUGGUAUCAAUGGAUUGGCCGAACGUGACGCACCUAAACUUCUUGUCUGGUCUGCAGCAGAUGAAGCAGGCAUCCCUCGCGUCCAGAAUAUCUGGAGGUCAUUAUUCUCGACAGAGUCCAUCGAAGACAAGAAAGCAUUCUUACAAAAUUUAGCUUAUACUCUGGGCACAAGAAGGACGCACCUACCAUGGAGAACUUUUGCCAUCGCGCGGCCGUCAGACGAUUUGGGAACACUGGGAGACCGAUUCGGCCCAACGUGUCAGUCCCGUGAAUCACCUAAUCUUGCCAUGAUCUUUUCCGGUCAAGGAGCCCAAUGGUACGCCAUGGGACUUCAGCUUCUCCAUAUGUACCCAGUAUUCCUCCAGUCCAUCGAAGAAGCCGGAGUAUACCUCCAGACUUUGGGAUGCGAAUGGAGCCCUGUGGAUGAGUUCCAAAAAUCCGAAACUGAGUCAAAUGUCAAUCGAACCGAGUACAGCCAGAUUUUAUGCACGAUUCUGCAGAUUGCUUUGGUGGAUCUCCUGCGUUCUUUCAACAUCAUCCCCAAAGCAGUGCUGGGUCAUUCUUCUGGUGAGGUUGCAGCUGCAUACUGCUCCGGUGCGAUAUCCAGACGCUCAGCCUGGAAAGUAUCUUAUUACCGGGGUAACAUGAGCAGUCGCCUGGAAAGAUGCGCCGAGAUGAAAGGUUCGAUGCUUGCAGUUGCGCUUUCCGAGAAUGAGGUUAUGCCCUAUAUCGAAGCGGCGAGUGCCAAGUUUGAGGUCCCUCGACUUACCGUUGGGUGCAUCAACAGCCCUAAGAGCGUGACGAUCUCUGGCGAAGGGGUUCAGCUCGAUGCGCUGAAGGCUCACCUUGACAGGGACAAGAUUUUUGCUCGCAGACUCAAGGUCAAUCUGGCCUACCAUUCUGCUCAGAUGAAGGAAAUUGCGUCUGAGUACUUAGCAGCCCUGGGUGAUUUGGAAGGAAGUUGCUUGGCACCCGGUACACGGCCACAGAUGGUUUCUUCAAUCACCGGCGAUUGGAUCAGUCCAGACGAGCCUUGUCAAGCGUCUCACUGGGUACGCAAUAUGAUCUCCCCUGUGCGGUUCUCUAAGGGUCUGGCAACUCUCUGCUCUGCAUCUUUGGAUCCUCAAAAUGCGUUGGAUGGCAGCCAUCGCAGGAAAAUCAAGAUCGAUCACAUCCUGGAGCUCGGGCCACAUUCCGUACUGCAGGGUGCUUGUAUGGAUAUCUUGAAGGAAAUGAACAAAGGCUCGUCUGUCAAGUACUUAUCUCUGUUGGUGCGGAAUAUGUCCGCUGUUGAUACUGCCUUCUCUGUCUUCGGUGAUCUGCAUUCCGCUGGAUAUCCGAUCGAACUUUCAUUGCUGAAUAAGAGUGAUCAGACCUGCAAGGCCCUGCCAGACUUGCCAGAAUAUCCCUUCAACCAUGAAAAGUCAUACUGGCAUGAGAGCAGGAUAAGCAGGAAUCACCGCCUGCGAGAGUUUGCUCGGAAUGAUCUUUUGGGGCUUUCCGAUCCAAACCAGAAUUCGUUAGAAGGUCGGUGGAGGAACAUCAUUCGCGUGUCCGAAAUGCCAUGGGUCCAGGACCACAAGAUCAAUGGAACGAUCCUCUACCCGGGUGCUGGAAUGCUUGUUAUGGCCAUCGAGGCAUCUAAGCAGAUGGCAGAUAAGAGAAGACCAAUCUCUGGUUUCAAUGUGCAGGAUGUGACAUUCCGUGCGGCGAUUCGCAUCCCAUCGAGUGCACAGGGUAUUGAGACCAGCUUCCAUCUACGCCCGGCCAAGAAUAUGGAGUCCAAACGCUCAGGGUGGUUCGAUUUUAAGGUCUGCACCCUGGAAAACGAGACAUGGACCGAGAAUUGUACAGGCUCUAUCCAAAUUAUGUAUGGUGACAAGGAGGAGGAGUUGGACGAAGCAGUGGCAGUGGAACUCCAGGAGUCUCAACUUAAAGCCCAUGCGGCUGCCUUGAAAGCUUGCAGCUCUAAAAUGAGUGGCGAGAAGAUGUACGAUACGUUGUCAAAAUCCGGAUAUGGCUAUGGCACAGCGUUUCAACUAGUGUCAGAGUUGUCCCUCAGUGAGGUUGGUUCAGACGUGACGGCCGUUGUCCGGAACUUCUCGUCUUCCUUGGGAGAUACAAUCCACCCAACUACCUUGGAUUGUGUUUUCCAAACAUCUAUUUGGGGAGCAGUUCCCUCAGACACAGAUGAUAUUCCCACUGCUGUGCCUACUCACAUCGACAGUUUGUGGGUGGAUAGCCAAGCGACACUCUCUCAGAGUCUCAAUACAUGCAGCUCAUGUGCGGAAGUGUCGCAAUUCCUCGGCCCUGCUACCAGCAUUGUGGCACUCGAUGACAGUCUACAGAAAACACUGGUUUCUGUCCGAGGCCUUCGCAUGAAUAUCGUCAGCACAACAGAUAUGAUCGCUAGUGCUGGGGAGUCUGUGGAUAGUCUCUGUCAUCAGAUUAAGUGGAAGCCAGAUCUGAAUCUACUGAGUGAGGUUGAAGUCACCCAGCUGUGCAAGAUAGAAUCUACCAGUGAUGCUGAGCACAAUAGUCUUUGCAAUGACUUGGACUUCCUCAUCGCAGCGCGACUCACGGAAACCCUCGCUCACAUGUCAGAGAGCGGAAUACAAGCUUCCCAAACGCAUCUGAAGAAGUACCAUAACUGGCUGAUCAAUCGUCAGAAGCUGCUUGAAGAUGGCCGGCUGACAAUCGCUGUUGAUGGAUGGAAGGACCGCCUAGCUGAUCCUAUUUAUAUUCAAAAAGUCGAGUAUCGUGUUCAAGGAACCAAACAAGGUUACCUGUAUGCCUUUGUGGCCCAGAAUCUGACUAAGCUUAUAUCCGGUGAACUGGACCCUUCAAAGUACUUGAAGACCGGAGAGAUGUUAACUGAAGCCUAUCAUGAGGUUGUCAAUCAAUCCAACGGUCUCCGUGGAUUGGUCAAAUACCUCGAUCUUUUCUCUCAUCGCCAUCCUAAGAUGACGGUACUGGAGAUCGGUGGUGGUUCUGGUUCAGUGACCGAGCUUCUCGUAGAAGCUUUGGGAAAUGACAAAAAGGACUCACGUUUCGGGAGACUGGAUUACACCGAUGCAUCGCCAGACAACGUUGCGAAAGCCCAGACAAAAUUCGCUGGAGAGGAUAGGAUUAGCUUCAAAGUUUUGGAUAUCAGCAAGGAUCCUGAAACUCAAGGCCUUGAAUGUGGCGUAUACGAUUUGGUCGUGGCAUCGAUGUUCCGACAGAUCACCCGUGAAACUUCCACUCUCAAAGUGACACUGCAAAAUGCACGAAAGCUUUUGAAGUCCGAUGGUAAACUCGUUUUGUACGACGGGGCUACCCCAAAUGGUCGCUCAACUUUCGUAUUCGGCUUAUUGGAGCAAUGGUGGCAAGAUACUAAAGGUGCAGACUCGGAUUCACAUUGCCUAUCAGGGCGCUCUGUUGAUGAGAGUCAAUGGGAUGAGCUCUUGAGACACACCGGAUACUCUGGUGUUGAUAUCAUGCUACCAGACUCCAGCAACACCAUUUCGGAGUGCAGCCUGAUGAUCUCUACUGCCAUUGAGGAUGAGAAAAACUCUUCAUUUUCUACAAUUGAGAUUGUUUACGACCCGAGCGAGGCCGAUCAGAUUAUUCAGGCAAGUUCAAUCGCCAAACAAUGCGAGUUCCUUGAAUGUCCCCCUGUGCAUGCGAUCUCUGUCAAGGAGGCGCUCGAAGGCCAAGGAAGCGAGGAAACCCUGCGUGUUUUCAUUGUCGAGCUCCAACGUCCGUUGUUGACCGAUAUCCAAAAAGAGUUAUUCGAACAAAUACAAUCCCUUCUCUCCUCGACGUUGCGCGGGCUGUGGAUCACCCAGGGAGGAGGGAUCCUGCCAACUAAGCCACACUUUCGCCUAGCUGAGGGAUUACUUCGCGUCUUGAUGGAAGAAGAUGGACGGCGCAAGCUGCACAUUCUUUCCCUUGAGUCUGUGGAAGGCUUGACCGAAGACCCACAGCGAAUUGGAAAGUUGAUUCAAUUCCUAAUUUCAGGAGCAGCCAAAGACGCGGACACGGAAUACCUGGAGCAGGGCGGUAUUCUUCACAUUUCACGAGUUGUCACUCCCAGCCAGCUCAAUGAGGUCAUGUCACAAAAAGCCAGCAAGCAACAGCAAAAAGUCCAGAACUUUGACUGUCAAAUCCCUCUACAACUAGAUGCCACCUCCCCAGGCCUGAUCAGUGGAUUCAACUUCAUAGAGGAUUUCCCUGCACACAAGCCGCUGAAAGUGAAUGAGAUUGAAGUCAAGGUCAAGUGCGCAGGAGUCAACUUCCGCGAUGUCUUGAUUGCAGUUGGGCAAUUGAAAGCGAGCCACACCGGAUCCGAAUGUUCAGGUGUCGUCAGUCGAAUAGGUAGCGCUGUCUCAAGAUUCCAAGUUGGAGACUCAGUUGCUGCACUCGGAGAUGGCUGCUUCGCGACUUCAAUCCGCGUGCAAGAAAAUGGACCUGUUGUGAAGAUUCCUACCGGCAUCUCUUUCGAAGAGGCAGCAGCCUUACCAGUGAACUACGCCACUGCAUAUGUAGCGCUGCACAAUGUCGCACGCAUUCAACCCAAAGAGUCGGUCUUGAUUCACUCGGGAACAGGUGGCACCGGUCAAGCAGCAAUUCAGAUUGCGAAAAACGUCGGUGCAACCGUUUUCGCGACUGUCGGCUCUCAAAGCAAGAAGCAGUUCCUCAUGGAUACCUAUCAAAUUCCCGAAUCGCACAUCUUCUCGAGUCGGACGACUUUGUUCGCGGAUGCUAUCAAGCAUCGCACAGGCAACAAAGGUGUUGAUGUCGUUCUGAACUCGUUGGCCGGAGAGAGUUUGCUUGCAUCCUGGGAGUGUAUGGCGCCUUACGGCAGAUUCCUUGAAAUUGGCAAGAGGGACAUACUGUCAAACCAGGGUCUUCCUAUGGCACAGUUCCUUCGAAAUGUGACAUAUAGUGGUGUUGAUCUCGCCGCCAUGUCAGUCGAGCGGCCUGAAGUGUGUGCCGCUGCUCUAGAGAAGGUCUUCGCGUUGGUGCAGGAAGGGAAGCUGCACCCGUCUCAGCCCAUCCAUCAGCAUGGGGUGGGUGAGAUAGAGAAAGCUUUCCGGAUUUUGCAAGGUGGGCAACAUGUGGGUAAAAUGGUACUGGAAAUGCGUCCAAAUGACCAAGUGACGACGGUGUUGAAUACUAAAACCACCUACUGCUUGGACCCCAAUUCCACAUUUGUCGUUUGUGGAGGAUUGGGUGGACUGGGAAGCAAUAUCGUAAAUUGGCUAGCGGAUCGGGGUGCCCGUCAUCUCCUGCUUCUGUCACGUUCAGGAGGUCAGGGAGAGAAGAGCCGUGUUCUGAUCAAUUCUCUGAAGGAAAGAGGUGUAGAAGUGGUAGCUCCAGCAUGUGAUGUGUCGGAUGAAACGCUAAUUCAGAAUGUCCUCCGGGAGUGUACAUCUCAAAUGCCUCCCAUCAAAGGAUGCAUCCAAGCGGCCAUGGUGUUGAGGGACGCGCUCUUUGAGAAUAUUUCUCACCAGUCAUGGCAUGAGUCGAUCUCGCCUAAAGUUCAAGGCUCCUGGAACCUCCAUCAACACCUUCCGCGCGAAAUGGACUUUUUCAUUAUGCUUUCGUCUAUCUCUGGCCUUGUUGGAACAACUGGACAAGCUAACUAUGCCGCUGGAAACACCUUCCAAGAUGCCUUGGCUCGUUAUCGGGUGGGACUGGGCGAGAAAGCGACCGCUCUCGAUCUAGGCGUGUUCGACUUUGCCGGCGCUGUUGCGGAGGAUGCCCAACUGCGUGAGAUUUUGAUUGCUAAUGUGGGCCUGGAACCGGUGACCAAAUCUCAACUCCAUGCCCUGUUGGACUAUUACUGUGAUCCUCAGGCUACUCUUCAAAGCACCUCGGAUUGCCAGGUCACGGUGGGUCUAUCUCCAAGCGCAACACAGGCAUCGUGGCUAAAGAAGCCGAUGUUCCGGCACCUGACGGCCCACGAAUCAGGCAGUGGCAGCCAUGGUGCCUCCAGCUCAGUCAGUACUUCCCUUCAACAGGCCGAGUCUCUGGCUAGCGCUACUGCGCUGGCUACAGAAGCUAUUGCGCAUAAGCUCUCUCAAGCUCUGUCGAUCGCCGUUGGGGACAUCGAUUCCAACAAGCCAUUGCAUCAGUAUGGAGUAGAUUCACUUGUUGCAGUGGAGCUGCGGAGCUGGUUUGCCAAGGAAUUGCAAUCUGAAAUGGCAGUAUUUGACAUUUUGGGAGGUGCAACCUUGACCUCGGUUGCUCAGCUGGCCACGAGCAAGAGCAAGCUGUACAAGGACUCUUGGUCUUAG